CCCACAAAUUCGAACUUUAACCGUUUUAACACUCACCCUCACCCUAUCACACUCCUCCCUCAUUACACCCUCAGGCCACAAUUUCAUUGCCUUUCUUACUCUCCAGUCUCCACUCUCCUCCUACCAUGGCCGACCACCACAACCCAACUACCACCACUUCUACUAACCAACCCCUCAAAUUCAUCACUGGCGCCGACUCCAACGGGUGCUCCAUCAAAGACACCCUCAUCUCCCACCUCCGCUCCCUCAACAUCGAAGUCGAGGAUCUCGGCGUCGACUCUUACUACUCAAUCGGCGAAAAGAUCGGCCGCAAAGUGGCCGCUAGCGGAUACACCGCUCGUGGCCUAGUCGCGUGCGGCACAGGCGUCGGUGUCCAAAUAUUCGCAAACAAAAUCCCCGGAGUCUACGCCGCCACUUGCCUCACCGCCGAUGACGCCAAAAACGCCCGCUCCAUCAACAAUGCCAACGUCCUCGCUGUCUCUGGCAUGUCAACUUCGCCUGAAACCGCCGUCGAAAUCAUCAACACCUUCAUCAACGCCCCCUUCAAGUCCCCCUGCCCCGCCUCCGGGGACAAGGAGUGGGACCCACAAGUCGAGGAUUUCCUCGACAAAUCUAUUCCGGAAAUGGCGAAAAUCGGACAAUCACAGUCUACUCCUCUGUCUGUCUCUGCAAAAGAUAAUGAUGAAGAAGGCGAAUGUGCCAUUUGCUGUGUGGCGAAGUGCAGGGAGUUUGUUCCAGUGGAGAUAAUGCCAGGAGGGAUGAUGAAGAUAGUUAGAGAAAGUCCGACAUCGGCGAUUAUAAGGUUUAAAGCAGGGAGUGUUGAGCCUGCUCAUCACCAUAGUUUUGGGCAUGAUUUAAUGGUGAUCAAGGGGAAGAAAACUGUGUGGAAUUUGAGUAAGAAAGAGAGAUAUGAUUUAAGUGAUGGAGAUUAUUUGUUUACUCCAGCUGGGGAUAUUCAUAGAGUCAAGUAUUUUGAGGAUACAGAGUUUUUUCUUAAGUGGGAUGGUCCUUGGGAUAUUGUUUUGGAUGAGGAUCUUGAAUCUGCUAAGGCUGUUAUUGCUAAGGAAGAUUGUUGAACUGGAAAAUUGGUAAGAGAAUAAUGUGAUCUUGAUGAUGUGAUAUGGGAUUUUUGUAAUUUAUUGUGUUGUUGGUUGCAGAUUUUAUAACUUUGAUUUUGUGUCAUGUUAUGAUUUUUGUGUGAAAUUUUGUUGUUAUAUCUAUGUCUAUAUGUGUAUGAAUCUGGAGAUUUCCAAUUCACAAUACUUCCCCCCAAGUAAAAGUAAUCGGAGGAAAAUGAUGAAGUAAAUGUCUUGUUACUGUCA